AUGGUCCUACAGCUCAUUUUAAGCUCUCAAGACUUGUCCUGCGGAAGGAUCUCAAGGUGGGAUAAUAAGAUUAAAUAGAAUGGUGGUAUUGAUUAGUUGUGGGCAUAGGUAGUUAGGUGGUAAUGGUGGUAGAGGUGUUAGUGGUCGAAGGUGGGCAUACACACACAUAGGAGGUGGUGGUGUUGAUCAUGAGUGAAGCCUCAUGUAAGUUUUUGCACUUGAAAAUUUUUAAAGAUAUCUUUAGAAGCCAAAUUAUUGAACAUGUUUCAUAUCUGUAUAAGUUCGUAGACAACUUUCAGACUCAUCAGACUGGACUUACUCAGUCUUCUGGACCAUUCGUCCUCGCCCGAGAGUUCGCGGUGGGAAUGAUUGCAAGGUUGGAGAUGACAAUCCGUCAAGACUGUAUCAAGAUGUCCAUUCAGUUAUAUAAUUAUGGAGAGUUGCAGAGUGUUUGGAAGAGAUGGAUGGGGAGGAUCAAUCAGAAAGGCCUUUAGCAAGAUGUCCAUUCAGUUAUAUAAUUAUGGAGAAGGGUGGAUACUGGGUAAGUGAUUUGGUAUUGGAUUCUAAACCCCGGCCCCCUCCUCUCACUGUCUCUGUGGAUAUAGUUAAAAGGGAGUAUAAAUAAAUU